AUGGCGCGUACAAAGCAGACUGCUCGUAAAUCAACUGGUGGUAAGGCUCCAAGGAAGCAAUUGGCCUCCAAGGCUGCCCGCAAGACCGCUCCAGUCACCGGUGGUAUCAAGAAGCCACAUCGUUACCGCCCCGGUACUGUUGCCUUGCGUGAAAUCAGAAGGUAUCAGAAGUCUACUGAGCUUUUGAUCCGCAAGUUGCCCUUCCAGAGACUCGUCAGGGAAAUUGCUCAAGAUUUCAAGACCGAUCUCAGGUUCCAGUCUUCUGCUGUCUUGGCUCUCCAAGAAGCUGCCGAGGCUUACCUUGUUGGUUUGUUCGAGGACACAAACUUGUGCGCUAUUCAUGCCAAGAGGGUUACCAUUAUGCCAAAGGACAUCCAACUCGCCAGGAGGAUCAGAGGUGAAAGAGCCUAA